GAAAAAUAGCGCCGGCGUCCGGCGGUGACGUAAAAAUGCCGCGCGGCCCUUCAGUGUGUCCGUCUUCCGCGGGAGUGAAUGCUGACCCCUCGCAGUCAUGGUUCGCUGCAGUUGUGUGUUAUUAAGAAAGUAUGGAAACUUCAUCGAUAACCUCAGACUCUUCACCAGAGGAGGAAGUGGUGGAAUGGGUUACCCUCGUUUGGGUGGAGAAGGUGGAAAAGGUGGUGACGUUUGGGUUGUAGCCCAUAACAAAAUGACUUUAAAACAACUUAAAGAUAAAUAUCCUCAGAAACGGUUUGUGGCUGGAGAAGGAGCAAACAGUCGGGUUAGUGCACUGAAAGGCUCCAAAGGAAAAGACUGUGAAAUUCCUGUACCUGUGGGUAUUUCAGUAACUGAUGAAAAUGGUAAAAUUAUAGGAGAACUCAAUAAAGAGAAAGACAGACUUUUGGUAGCUGAAGGAGGUCUUGGUGGUAAAUUACUUACAAAUUUCUUACCAUUGAAAGGCCAGAAACGAGUUAUUCACCUUGAUCUAAAACUUAUGGCUGAUAUAGGCCUAGUGGGAUUCCCAAAUGCUGGCAAAUCAUCUUUGCUAAGUCAGAUAUCUCACGCAAAACCUGCAAUUGCAGAUUAUGCUUUCACAACAUUAAAGCCUGAACUUGGAAAGAUUAUGUAUAAUGAUUUCAAACAGAUAUCAGUAGCUGAUCUUCCUGGUUUAAUAGAAGGAGCACAUAUGAACAAAGGAAUGGGCCACAAAUUCCUCAAGCAUAUAGAAAGAACUAGACAACUGCUUUUUGUUGUUGAUAUUUCUGGAUUUCAGCUUUCUUCUCAAACUCAAUACAGAACUGCCUUUGAAACCAUAAUACUGCUUACAAAAGAGUUGGAGUUAUACAAAGAGGAACUUCAGACAAAACCUGCACUCUUGGCAGUUAAUAAAAUGGACUUGCCAGAUGCACAAGAUAAGUUCCGUGUACUGAUGAACCAACUCCAGAAUCCUAAAGAUUUUCUGCAUGUAUUUGAAAAAAACAUGAUUCCAGAGAGGACUAUAGAAUUCCAACACAUCAUCCCCAUCUCUGCAAUUACCAGAGAAGGAAUUGAUGAACUAAAGAACUGUAUAAGAAAGUCUCUAGAUGAACAUGCCAACUGGGAAAAUGAUGCAUAUCAUAAGAAACAGUUGCUUAAUUUACAGAUUUCCAAUACAGUAUCUUACAGUGAGACACCAUCAAAGAAUACUGUUACUAGUCCCAGAAUGGAUAAUUGAAAUUGCGUUCACUUGAAAACUUUUCCACAGACACCUAUUUUUUAGAGGGUUAGGUAUUAGCCUGAUAUAUACGCCAUCAUUCAAGAACCAUACCUUUUUAAGUGUUUUUGUAGUAAAGUGUAUCAUCAGUAAAAAAAAAAAGUAACUGAGAGCUAAAAAUGACAAUUUAUAAUUUUAUAGACAAUCCACCUGUAAUAAAAUCCUCUGAUAUUCUUCUACUUAUGAUGUCUCUACUGAGAUCAUUUUUUAAAAUUAUAUAAAAGGAUUCUCUAGAAUGUUAGAAUGAGCAGCUAGGUUUUGUUUAUUUGUUUUUGAGUCUGUCAUGUACCUAAUUCCACUAAAUAUCUAAUAGUUCUCAUUUUUGGAAAACCUCAAACCCGUAAAUUUAAACAUAUAUUCAGUGAUAAAUAAUAUCACUGAUAAUAUUUAACAGAAACCAGCAGAUAAAUGUUUGCCAUUUCAGCUUUUGGAAAUUUUCUUUAAGUAUAAGCUUUUGGAAAUUUUCUUUCUGCUUUGGUAAAUAAAGACAGAAUAAAAAAAAAAGUGCAAACUUCUACCAGUAUUAUCGAUCAUCAGUAUAUUCUUAAGAUUAUAAUUUCUAAAUUUCUGCCUGAGUUUCAAAAAUAUUUAGAAAUUAGACAUUUUCUCCUCAUGAGUUUUAGUAUAAAAUAUACGUGUUAAUUGAUUUUAAACAGUGCAAACAUUAGGCCCUCCACUCCUUCCCACUGUUAAUAGUUUCUUAUGUUCUUGCAGAAUUUUUUUAUGCAUAUUUUUACCCACAUGAGUUCGUUAUACAAACA